AUGUUAACAUAUACUGAUUUUUGUUUAAAAUUAGCAACAAUAAUAAAAGAAGAAAAGAUAGAAUCUCUAAAGAUAUAAGAAUUAGUUAAUGAUACACUUGAUUAAUUAGAAUUUACAUAAACUCCUAUUGAUACUUAUGUAUAAUUUUGUGAUUAAAAAAAAGGAAGAAGUAAUUAGCAAAGAAUUAAAAUUUUAUAAAAGUGAAUGCUAAUACAUGAAUUAAUUAAGAACAAAUCUAUAAUUAUAAGUCAAAGUAUUAAUUUAUUAUUAAAUAGCAAGUAAUUACAAACUCAAUUAUUUGAAGAAAAAGAAACAAAUAUACGUCUAAUUGAGAUUCUAAAAUCAUAAAAAAAGUAAUAACUAUAAAAUAAUUUAAAAACUGAAACUAAUACUAAUACUCAAACUUAAAAAUUAGAAACAUAAAGAAUAUCCUCUCGUUUAAAUAAAGAAUGUUUUUAAUUAUAUUAUUUUAGAAUUUAGUACUAUAUCUCGAUAACCAAUUUUACCUAUUACUCAAAAAUAAUCCCAAUAUGCUCCACAUCUAACAAUAGAAAUCAAAAAUAUUAGAACUCCUUUGAUUGAAAAUUAAGCACCCAAAAAUUUAAAGGAACUAUUUGAACAAUGUGUUGCUUAAUUAUAUAGAGAAAAUAAGAUUAAGGGGAACUUUUAAAAAUAAAAUAAAUAAUAUUGUAAUAGAGAUCAUUAUGGUUAAUUUUUAUUAAAUUAAGAAUCAAAUGAUGUUUAAUUUUCAAAAUUAUAUAUAAAGACUCUAACUGAAAGGUAUUUUUUAAUAAAAUCAAUAAAUUUAGAUUCUUUUUGAAUCCUCAUUUUAUUAAGAUGGUUGAAGCUUAGAUAUUUGAUGUUAAGUGUUGCAAUUAUAAAGCUUGUAUCUAUAAUUAAAGAUAAAUUUAAUUAUAAUUUGAUUCUGUACAAUAAUAAGAGGAAAUUCAUUAAACACAUUUACCAAAAAGAAGUCUCACAUUUAGAUAAUAAGAUAAUAGAAGUAAAAGUGUUGGUAAAAAUGAGGGUAUUGUGAUUGUCAAUUAAGAUAGAUUACAAACUAUAAUAUUAGUAUAUAUAUUAGGAAAUUUAAAGACUAGAAAAAGAGAUUGUCUCUACUUCUACAAAUAGAUUUACAGUCUAAGAAUUAAAAUUCUAAUUAAAGGAAGCAAAAGAUAAACUUGUAGAAAUAUAAUCUAAAAUUUUAAAUUGA